UAGUUUAUUUUAAGUGCUCAAUUAGGUCCCUUAGUUUUGAGUAUGAAAUUGGGUCCUUUUGUCUUUUGAGUAUGCAACAAAAAAUCUCUCUCAGUCAAUGGCGCAGAGGCACCAUCGGAGCCCAACGCAUCGAAGCAAUAAAGAUCGCCGGUGCUCCCGUUGGAGGUGGGCAUGUGUGUCAUGUGCCAGUGGAGGGACAAUAAGUACCAACCCAUCAAAGUCAUCAAACGCCACAAGGUUCCCAGCACCAUCCCCGACGAUUACGGGUAUUAUGUCCAUUACACCGAGUUGGAGGCUGUUCUUGAUGAGAAAGUGGAGGAGAAGAUAAUGAUUAUAUUUUCUCCAAAUUGCACGACAACAUUGUUUGAAAGCAUGCUCAAAGAGGUCCAAUUGACGUAGUUGUCAUACAAGGAAUGUGGAAGGGUGAAGAGGUGAACGCUUGCAACUUUACUCUUACUUUUUCAACAGGCGAGGAGGCGAACAAAGAAUCCGUGAAAAGAUUCAUGCACUCCAACUCGCCCACACUCUUUUCCCAACUCGUCACUCUCACAACAUAAUCCUCACUUUUUGAAAUUUCAAAUCGGUUCGGUUCGGUUUCUAACAUACCUUCACAAAACCCUACUUUGCUCCGCUCCUUCUUUUCUCACUCAGUAAAUGGGUUGGAAUCUCCUCUUCUGGCUCGUCAUUUGUUUCCCUGCCAACAUUGCCCUUCUCGCCUCCACUUUCUACCAGGUUUUGAUCCUGUCGGAUUUGGAAUCUGAUUACAUCAACCCGUUCGACGCGGCGUCGCGGAUUAACUACUUCGUCCUCCCGGAGUACGUUGGGCAGGGAGCGCUGUGUGCCCUCUGCCUCUUCACUGGCCACUGGUUCAUGUUUUUGCUCACUGUUCCUGUUACUUGCUAUCAUCUCAGGCUGUAUGUGAAAAGAGAACAUCUUAUUGAUGUUACUGAAGUGUUUAGGGUACUUAAUGCUGAGAAGAAAUAUCGGAUAGCAAAACUUGCUUUAUACUUAACGGUUCUCAUUGUUACUAUCUUCAGGUUGAAAUCUCACUAUGUGUUCUCCUUACUUUUCCAACUCCUUUCCAUCUCUCCUUCAUGGGUCUCCCUGUGCGCUACCCCCAGGACCCACCUUUGCGGUAGAUCCUCCCCUUGAUCUGUGGAAAAAAAAAAAAAAGAGAUGAGAACCUUGAAUUCUCCUAAUUGCUAAAUGUAUUUUGGUUAUAAGCAUGUUGCUAAUAUAUUGGAAAGCAAGAUAGCUUUUUAUAAUUAAUCAAAACAAUAAACAUUUGUCUGUGUGUGUGUGUUUAUUUUAUCGGGACCAUUGUAUCCUCCUAUUUGUUGACUUUUAGAAUUUCCUUGACACAAGAAAUAAGUUAGGGUUUUCUGUGUCUAUCUAUCUUGUUAUCUUUUUGUUAUAAACCACUCCAGUCAAUAUUAUGCCAAAGAAAUUUAAAUAUGUUUUCACUUGCCCUGACUUAAAAUUGGAAUGCUUUUCCUCCUUUUUGCUCUUAUGGUGUUUUCUUAAAUUUUCCUUCCCUUGGGAAAAUAAAAUGGACAAUUUCCCUUCGGGUAUCUGAAAUAUUCUACGCUUAUUCUUGCAAGCUUCAUUCUUCAUGGCUAAAUUUUUAACUCCCCCAACCUGAAGGUAAACUUUUC